CACUAUGUCAGCCUCCAUUAUGCACGGAUCAUGAUAAUAUGACACUUCCUUAUCUAGAUAUUGUAACGUUUACGCGUGUCGUAUCGUUUAUCUCACAAUUAUUUCAAGUAACCAGUGGAACACUGCCAGCUAAGCGCAACAAUGACAAAGACAGCUAGGUAUGGAAACUUAAGAAAACAGCCUGGAAAAGCAGCAUCCUGGAAUGAGCUCAAGGGAGAUGUCUCUAGCAAUGUAACAGAGAGCAAUACGGAAGGCUUCAAGAAAAGUGGGUCCCAGGGUAGCGUGAAACAAGGAACAUCCCGUAAAGACAAGGCACGAGCAAAGGAUGAGAGGAGGCGCAGACGAAAAAGAGCUAGGGAAGCACAAAUCAUUUGCUACCACUGUAGGGAAAGUGGUCACCUGGUAGUCGACUGUCCUAAGAUGCAAGAAGACAGUGAAACUGGAGUUGGCAUCUGCUUCAAGUGUGGCUCCACUGAACAUUCAGCAUUCCAGUGUAGAGUAAAGACCAAAGAAGGAGCAGAAUUUCCAUAUGCAAAGUGUUUUAUUUGUGGCGAGACGGGGCACAUAUCUAAACAAUGCCCGGACAACCCACGAGGACUCUAUCCAUAUGGAGGCGGCUGUAAUUCAUGCGGAUCUGUCGAACACUUCAUGAGAGAUUGUCCAGAAUUUCUCAAAAACAAAGGAGUAGGGAAUAUGGUAUUGACUACCUUUUCCUCGGCCUCCGCAAGUGCUGAUGCUGAAGUCGAGGUGAAGCAAGAUUGUGUGCCGCCAGCAGAGAAGAAGAAAGCUCAGAAACUAGUAAAGUUUUAGUUACUUUCUCUACGUGAUUGUAUAUAGAGACAGCAAGUGUCAUACAGAGACUUCAAGUGGUAUAAGUUUGUCCUACAUCAUUUUUACCGCAUGCUUGAACUGAAUCGUCGUGCUAUGCUGUGCAGCGAUUCUUCACUCAACAGAACCCGCAAUAUAAGGAAUGUGUAAAACAGGUGUACAAGUUUGAUCUACGUACAGCUUACCACUACAGUGCCAAUAAAUAAAUACAGUUUAAACUUUAAUUAAUACUAUAUAUAUAUAUAUAUAGUACAAAUUAAACUGUAAACUGGAUUUUCCCACUAAUAAAACUAUUCCCAUGUACCAAUAUGUCUAUAUAUAUAUAUAUAGUCAUAUUGGUACAUGGGAAUUGGUUUUAUUAGGUACGCACAUGUCUCAUCUACGAUCAUGCUAUAUGCAGAAUUACAGAAAAAACCGUACACAGGAAAAUAUACUUGAAUAAAGCUUUUAUUCAAUAAAUA